AUGGAGGGUACUGACCCUAGUUUACCCCAACUUUCCAAGUGGAAAUUGCACAUUGUGUCGGAAAACAACUUUCCGACUGCUGCUGGGUUGGCAUCUUCCGCUGCUGGGUUCGCUGCGUUGGUUGUAGCCAUUGCUAAAUUAUUCAAGUUGCCCCAAGACAUGUCGGAGAUUUCAAAGAUUGCCAGAAAAGGCUCUGGAUCUGCAUGCCGUUCGCUUUUCGGAGGCUACGUUGCCUGGGAAAUGGGUGACUUGGAGAAUGGAGAAGACUCCAAGGCGGUAGAAGUGGCACCUGUCAGUCAUUGGCCAACGAUGAAGGCUGCAAUUUUGGUGGUGAGCGACGACAAAAAAGACACUCCAUCGACAUCAGGAAUGCAGACAACGGUUGCAACUUCCGACUUAUUCGAGCACAGAAUCAAAAAUGUUGUGCCUGCAAGAUUUGAGGAGAUGAAAAAGUCGAUCCACGAUAAGAAUUUUGAGGUGUUUGGGAAACUCACUAUGCAAGAUUCAAACUCGUUCCACGCUGUUUGUCUUGACUCUUACCCACCAAUCUUUUAUUUGACCGACACCUCAAAGAAAAUCAUCAAAUUAGUUCACCAAUUGAACGAUGCAGAAGGAAAAAUCAUUGCUGCGUACACCUUUGAUGCGGGACCAAACGCCGUCAUUUACUAUGAGCAACAGAAUGAGAGCAAAGUGCUAGGACUCAUUCACAAGCAUUUCAGCCUGAUUCCUGGGUGGGACAAAGUUGACACAAGCAAGUUGGAAACGGUGGAUAUUGCAGCCGAUGAAAAUAUUCACAAGGGGGUUUCCAAAUUGAUUUUGACCCUGGUUGGUUUGGGACCACAGGAAACGUCUGAAUCACUAAUCAGCAAAACCGGUGAGCCACUUUCCACGUAG